UACUUUGGCCUCGAGCUCUUGGCGAGCGGCAGCAGCGCGAGCGGCAGCAACAGCCGGGUGGACCUGAAGAAGUACAACCUGCGCGGCUGCGUGCUCGCCACGAUAGACCAGCUGGGCCCGUACUCGCGCUCCAAUGUGUCGGCCCUCGUCGGGGCGUUCGACCGGGCAGGCAGGCCGCCCGCGAUGCCGUCCGACGAGAAAGGGGCGCCCCGCCGGGGCGGGGGGCGGCGGCGACGACGCGGGCGGCAGCUUCAAGACCACGCUGGUGCUGCACCUGAAGGAGAAGGAGCACAUGCCUCGGCUGCCGCAGAAGUCGGAGGCCCUGAUUGACUUGGACCCGUUCAUGGUGACGGGCACGGCCGCCGGCGCGGUGAACGGCCACUCGCCGGUCCAGGAGGCGGGGCUCGCCCCCUGGACGAUCGACUCCUUCGCCCAGCAGCAGGAUGUCCACACGCUCGCUCGGCGAGACAGCCUCUACAACAGGCGGCAGGAGAAGCAUCACGGGACGCUGUCGCCGGUGUCUGUCGUCAAGACCGACAGCUCGGCCGGGAAGCAGAAAGGCCUGCCAGGUCCCGGCGUCGUCGCCGCAGACGUGAAGAAGAAGCAGCAGCAGCCCAGCCCCAAGGCAGCGGCGGACGGCGGCUGCUGCAACGGGGCGGAGCGCGUCUGCCGGUCGGAGUACGUGUUCUCGGAGGAGGGGGACCCGUCGCGCUCCCAGGACUCGCGGCUGGACCUGCUGGGGGACGGUUGGCCCCCGGCGGGGGAGGCCCCGCCCGCGAGGGGCCGCGCCGGCCGAAGGCUGGGCAGCGGCAGCGAGCCCCUGGCGGUGGUGGGGGAGAAGCUGACCGCCGGCGAGCCCCAGCCAACCACAGCUGCGCCGGACCGGCCGGUGUGCGCGAGCCCUGACGUGGGCUGCCUGUUCAGCGACUCCCCCGAGCCGCCGCCGGCCCACGACCUGGGCGUGGGGUCCCUGGUGGAGGUGGUGGUGAACAAGGAGCCGCGCUACGGCGUCAUCCGCUGGAUCGGCACCGUCCCCGAGGACAGGAAGUGCCGCAAGGUCGCCGGCAUCGAGAUGGAGGAAGAGUACGUGGGGCUUACGGACGGCACGUUCAGCGGCCGCCGCUACUUCCACUGCAACCCAAAGCGCGCCAUGUUCGUGGGGCUGAGGCAGUGCCAGAAGGACAGCCGGUUCCAGGACGCGCCGCCGGCCGCCCCCGACUGCAGCCCCAACACGUUCGGGCAGAUAGACUGCCCGCCGAUCAAGGGCCCGGUGCGGCCCAUCAGCCGUAAGGGCAACCUGGAGGCCAUCUGCGGCAAGAACCGCGGCAUCCAGGGACACCACAACUCCUGCUACCUGGACGCGACGCUCUUCAGCAUGUUCACCUUCACCAGCGUGUUCGACGGCCUGCUGUUCCGGCCGCGCGGGCGGGACGACUCGGCGCACUACGACGAGGUGCAGCGCGUGCUGCGCGAGGAGAUAGUCAACCCGCUGCGCGCCAACCUGUACGUGCGCGCGGACCGGGUCAUGAAGCUGCGCACGCUGCUGGAGAACCUCAGCUCCGUGUCGGGCCUCACCAGCGAGGAGAAAGACCCGGAGGAGUUCCUGAACUCGCUGGUGGCCCAGACGCUGCGGGCGGAGCCGCUCCUGAAGCUGAGCUCCGGCCAGGAGGCGUACCACUACCAGCUGUUCGUGGAGAAGGACGAGCGCGUCAAGUUCCCCAGCGUGCAGCAGCUGCUGGAGCAGAGCUUCCUGGUCAGCGGCAUCAAGCUGAAGGAGGUGCCGUCGUGCCUCAUCAUCCAGAUGCCGAGGUUCGGCAAGUCCUUCAAGAUGUACCAGCGGAUCCUGCCGUCGCAGCUGCUGGACGUCACGGACAUCAUCGAGGACUCUCCCAGGCAGUGUGUGGUGUGCGGCAAGCCGGCGGACUACGAGUGCAAGGAGUGCUACGGCCAGUGCGGGGCGGGUCUGGAGAGCACGGCGUUCUGCGUGGUGUGUCUGCAGACCGUUCACGGGCACCAGCGCCGCGCCAGCCACUCGUGGCGACCCCUCAAGGUGCCGGCGGAGUUCCGCAUCCUGCAGGACCACUGCGCCGUCCCGCGCCUCUUCAUGGAGCUGUUCGCGGUGGUCUGCAUCGAGACCUCGCACUACGUGGCCUUCGUCAAGUGCGGCGGCGGCCACGACGCCCCCUGGUGCUUCUUCGACUCCAUGGCCGACAGGAAAGGGGAGCGCAACGGCUACAACAUCCCGGAGGUGGUGCCCUGCCCCGGCCUGCCCCUCUGGCUGUCGGAGGAGGGGGGCCGCUCCCUGGAGGGGGUGGGCGACGACCGGCAGCUGCCCGAGCACGCCAGGCGCCUGCUGUGCGACGCCUACAUGUGCAUGUACCAGAGCCCCGACGUCGCCAUGUACAGAUGAGCGCGUACACCAGUACCGGCCUCCCUCGCUCGCGAGUCCCGGCAACCCACACAGAUGACAUUUUUUAUGGAUCCGUUUUCAAGUCUAUUUCACUUUCGAAACAAGAGAUUCCACUGUUACUCCGUUUUUUUAAAAAAAAUUUUUUAAAUUAUACCUAGAGACAAGAUUUUUUGGUUUUAAUUUCACGCCAAUUUCGUUCUUAAAGUAUUAAGUCAAUUUCACUUUCGAAAACAAGAGAUUCCACUGUUACUGUUCUUAUUUUUUAAAAAAUAUUAUUCGUAGAGACAAGGAUUUUAUGGUUUUAAUUUUUAGACCAAUUUCGUUCUUAAAAUAUUAAGAAAAUUUCGCUUUCGCAACAAGAGAUUCCAGUGUUGCUGGUUUUUUAUUUAAAAAAAAUUAUUCUUAGAGACAAGAUUUUAUGGUUUUAAUUUUUAGACCAAUAUCGUUCUUAAAAUAUUAAGUCAAUUUCACUUUCGAAACGAGAAAUUCCACUGUUACUUUUUUUAUUUUUAUUUUAAAAAUUCAUUCUUAGAGACAAGAUUUGUAUGGUUUUAAUUUUUAGACCUACCUUAUUUCAUUCUUAAAAUAUUAAGUCAAUUUCACUUUCGAUACAAAAUUCUUUUUAUUUUUUUUUUAAUUAUUCCUAGAGAAAAGAUUUUAUGGUUUUUAUUUUUAGACCAAUUUCGUUCUUAAAAUAUUAAGUCAAUUUCACUUUCGAAACAAGAGAUUCCAGUGUUACUGUUUUUACUUUUUUAAAAAUUAUUCUUAGAGACAUGAUUUUAUGGUUUUAAUUUUUAGACCAAUUUCGUUCUUAAAAUACAGGAUUUCGGUGUUAUUGUUUUUAUUUUAAUAAAAGCGGUUUUGUAAGACUUAACAAAAUAUUAGUUAAAUUUUAAUAUUAAAUUUUUUUGAUGUGGGACAAAAUAUUAAUCAAAUUUAAAUACUGCAUUUUUUUUUAUGGAGGGUAAGAUUUGUGUUAAAUUGGUUUAAAACAGAUACAUUCAGAAAAAUAAAAAUUAAUUAGCUAGCAUUUGUGGUUUGAAAGUGAAUCAAUGAGAGAUGCACAAUAAAACAAUUUAAAUUAGUUUUUCUGAUCCAUGCACUGGGUACAAAUUUUGUCCAGAAAUAAUGACAGUCCUUGAAUUUUUAACAUUAUAAAGGUUAAUUUUUUAAUGAUUUGAAUUAUAUUUAUGUUAAAUGCUACUUAAUUCCAUGAUUAAACUUGUAUUUUGGUGAUAUAUGGUGCAUUAACUUGCAUUUCUGUGUUAUGGUAUGCUUUUUGUUAUUUCAGUUUAAUCGCAACUCACCAUACAAUCUUGCCCCUAAUUAUUCUUCAUUAUAAAAAUUGUGUGUUAUUCAACAAAUAUGACGCAAAUGUUUUUUUUUUUUAAAUCUGAAGGGUUAUGUCCUACUCCAGUUAUUUUGUAUUUACCUUAACAUGGUUAAACUUGUAGAUGUUUUGAGUGGCAGAACUUCUUCAAAAUGAAAAAAAAAAAAAAAUAUUUUUUUUUUUUUUGUGUAUACCUUUUGCAUAAUUAGCUGGCAAAGUAUAAUUUUUAUUUUUGUGCAGUAAAUAUGAGAACCCAAUGGAAUAAAUAACUAAAAAAUUCUGGGUUUUAAGGCAAUUUUAUUUAGCCUUUUAAAAUCAUAAAAAUACUGACGAUUUUAAAAGGCCUGGUAAAUUUUUUUUUCCCAGAGAGAAACUAAUCCAUAGCCAGUAAAAUGGGUUUUAAAAUUAAAAGGUUCCAGUUUUAUAUUACAUUUCAUUCUCGUUAUCCAUACACCAUACUGUAUGAAAAUGUAAAAAAUGCAACUUUGCAAGCAAAGUAUGCAAUAUAAUAUUUUUUUUUUUUUUUUUACAUAUAACUGCGUGGAACGUAAAUAUAAAAUAAUGGCCUGGAAUGGGACAUAACCAUCUAAAUUCACCAAAAAGGAGCCAUUUUUACUGAUACAUGAUGCACUUUUAUGAAAUUAUAAUUUUUAAUAAGUAUUUCUAGUGCAGAACAAUUCUCAAUAAAAAGAAAUCACCCAGUGUUUGUGUUUUUCAAAAAUAAACUGUCAGGAAUGUACCUAGAAAUGAGUUAUUUGGUUAUUGAUAAUAGAGAUGAAAGCGAGCUCAAGCAAAGGAAAAUUAAAUGAUUUAAAUCCAUUUAGAUUAUAUAUUGUGGAAAAAUUUAUUGGAGAGUAAAUUACAUUCAUUUGAAUUCAAUAUAUUUAAAGAUAAAAUUUUUGUAGUGUGAGCUAAGUUUUAUUAAAAUGCUGAUUAAUUACAUCACUUCAGUAGCAUUUCGGUGAUUUGUAUGGUGCUUUCACAUGCUUAUCGGUGUUGUUUUGGUCUUAACGCAACCCACCAUAUAAUCUUGUCUUCUCAGACUACCAUUGAAAUGAAUGUUUAAAAAAAAAACAUUUUUUUUGUAAAAAUAAAUAAAUGAGCAUUGUUUUUUCGAUGGAAAUUUUGUGGUUGCUUCACUUACUCCAUUUAUCAAUUUAUUGUUAUUCAUUAUGAGAUUUUUAAUUUUUGCUUAUUCAGCAUUUACAAACAGCCUGUUCAGGCAAGAUGGUGUGUUUGAAUCGUAGUUUGGUGGUCCGAGAUAAUUUUGCAACUUAAAAACACCUGUGGCUGUUAAGUAACUCCAAAGUUCAUUUUCCGGUAAAUGCGCGCAGUAUGUUCGGAAAACAAAUUAUUUUUGCGGAACUUGUAUGUAGUCGGCGACGCCUUGCCAAACGUAGCAAUACGUAGUAGCACUUUCCUGCUGCUUAACGAACGCAAUAUCGCAAACGUGCACACGCGAGCGGAAGUUCCCACUGUUUAUUUCAAUCUGCAAAGACAAUUUUUUUUAAGAUUCAUUUCAUUGGUUCCAUCUUCGGUGGUCAUCAUGUUUUGCUGCACUAAGGAAGAAAAAAAAAAAAGAGACUUAUUGUAGUGAUUUAAUUGUGUAUGUAUAUACAUGUAUAUAUAUGACACACGCCUGUUGUAAGGUUUGAAAUGUUGCGCGGAGGGGUUGAACGAAGCUCAGUGUAAGAAGAGACUAUGAACCAGAUACUGAGGCUAUUCCCCGUUGCGUCAAAAUAAAAGUUUCAGCUGUGAACUCAUAAAAAAAAAUCAUAAAAGUGUAAGAUAGUUUUACGUAAAUUUUUUCCCCCCCUUCAGAGAAAUUUUAUUUACGUGUUCAUGGUAGUAAAUAUAUGUGUGUACAGGACAUAGCAUGUGUUAUUUAUUUUUAUGUGUUCUUAUGUUAUAUAUCCUUGCAGAACAACUUAUACUUUGUACAACAUGCUGCUGUGUUUGCACCGAUGAGUGUUUCUGUUGUUAUAUCUCAGUUUUCAAAAUGCAUCACAGGCCUUCAUGAUUUCAGGGUUGAUUUACAUGUUUUGUCUUCAUUUUUUUUUUUUUUUUUUAAAUGAGACAUCAGUAUUACUGGAGUGGAAAAUGUUGCAAAACUGUUAAUUGUAGGUGGUUAAAAUUUUAACGUCCUUUUUUUUUAUUGUAAACACUGCACCGCACCAAUUAAAAUCUAUCUCAGCUGUGGUAAAGUGAAAUUAUAAGUAUGUUUGAAGUCGUCAUUUUUUUUUAGUGUCAAGUAAAAGCUUUGCACCACGUGUAGUUUUGCACUACCUGUUCCUGUAUAUUAUCACAGUGAAACUUCAUUAAUAAAAACCCUGUUAAUAAAAAAAAAAUUUCAUUGAUACAAAAAAAUUUUCACAGUUCCUAGAAAUUACACUGAAUAUGUAGUGCUAAUUAAUGUGUUUAAUACAAAGUUGUUUUUGUUGCAAGGGUAAACAAUUAACAUGUAUUAAAGAAUGGUUAAUUCAAAUAUCUCAGAAUCAUGUAAACAAAUGGUGUGAAUUUUUCAACUAAAACAUGCCAUUGAUGUAGUUAAGAGUAUGUCGGAGAAAAAAAGCUUAGAAAUUACUUUUUUUCUUUCAAAAUGAUGGUUUGUAUUUUUGUGGGUAGUUUUUAAACCUUUUGCUUUAUUCUUCUGUCUUCUGUCUUAAAUCUUUUAAAAUGUGGCACAAAAAUAUAUUUUUUUUUGAGUGACAAUCUUUAAAAAAAAAUUACACUUGGUGCUGUAUAUAAAAAAAAGGGUGUGCAAUGCCUAUUCUAUUUCAUGUGUGUUAUGCAUGUACCAAAUGAGAAAAAUAAUUUUUUAUUUUAUUGUAAAUUUAUUUAGGAAUUAUAAUACAGUUAUUAAAUUUUUUAGAAGUUUGGUUAAUUCAAAUGUCAUUACAGCAAAGUACCAAAAUUAUGGUUUCUUCAGGUUUGUGAUAUUGAGGUUUGACUGUACACAGUUUGGGUUGUUAAUCUUCAAACCAAUGAAUGUGUCGGUGGUAUCUCAAACCAUCGAACAUUUUCACUGGUGCUCUAAAGAACACACUUUCAGUAGACUUCCAUAGCCUUGGCAUCCGAUGGUCCGGCACUCACGAGGAAUUACAGUGUUAGGCCAACCAAGCAAGCUUCAGAUAAAAAAACGAAAAUUAAAUGUCAGUCAUGGGAACUGUCGACAGAAGAGAAAACUUAAAGUUUUGUUUUUAAAAGUGUAAUUUGAAAUCAUUUCUACGUCAAAUGUACGCAAGAAAAUGAUUUUGGUAUUAUAUCACUAGAAUGUCGGUGAGGCGAACCCAUAUGUUUUGCCCCUAACAAUAAUAACUUUAAAACUAGAAGAAAUGAAAUUUUCCAUUGGAAGAAUAAAAAAUUAUCAACUUAAAUCUACAAAUAAUCAACAUUAUAUAUAAUAAAUCAAUAACCUGACAUUUGAAGAAAUUCACUACGUAAACAAAAGAAAAAACAUAACCUCAACUCAACUACCUACUAAAAAAUAUCCAAUACUCGCAAUAUGUACCACAAAAUAACGUUGAAAUUUCCUUGGAAAAUAAAGAUAAAAUUAGAAAAUUGUGUAUUUAAAACUAGAAUAAAUUAAGUUUUAUCCUUGAAAUUUAAAAAAAUUAACAGGUCACGUGACCAUGUCGAUGACUACUUACGUGAAUUUACUCCAUAUCCAAACCUUCUUAUAGAAGUUUUCGCUUAAAAAAAAAACUAUAAUUUUAAUCCAAGGGCACAAAUGCUUUCACAGAACGCACCUUAGAUGUAGUCGGAAGCAGUAGGUGUGGCCCGGGUUUCAUUCGGGAUUCUUUGGCAUUGUUCGAGUUGCUUCAGCGAAACAGAAAAUUUUGUUUUUCCUGUCUUUCUGUUGAAAUUGUUACUACGCUCCUGUUAACAAUAUUAAAUGAAGUAUCGUUAUUUGGAUGCUAAGCUCCUCGCACCGAUAAACAAACCAAAGAGAUCUAAUUUAAUAAUUUAAAUAAAAUUCUGUAUCAUUACAAAAGCAUAUUUAUUACUUCCUAAUACAAAGCCAAUUUCAAUGUUUGGUUAAUAUGCCAAUUAAAGCCACAUACUCAUGUUGAUGGUUUGAGCUUAUGAAACAUAAUUAGCACUUAGUAGAAGUUCAAAAUGAUGUCCAAUUCUACUUAAUACAGGUACAUACCAAGAUAAAGUGAUUCUGUUUUUGUGAUCGCUAUAUUUUCCAGACAAACUGAAGAGAAUAUAAUUUUGGUGUACUUGCAAAACUUGAUGUACAUGAUAUACAAGUAAACAUCAAACAAUGAUAGGAUAAUUUAUUGAUGUAUUAACUUACUGGUAAUAAACAUUUAUCUCGUGUACCACUCGGUUGCAUACCACAUGUAUCAAGAAAUGGUAUGUAAACAUAACUUAUAAGGUGGCAACGCAUCCAGCAAAAAUGCAUACAACAGAAAUGCUAACUUGCAGAACAGAUGUUCGGGGUCUAGAAUGGUCCUUAAUUUCUCCAUUACAUUUAAUAAUAAAAGUGUGUUAGUCCUUUUUAUUGUUUUAUAUACAAUUCUGAGAAAUGUAAACAUUUAAUUAUAGUUUCAUAUUAUUAUUAUACUUUUGUUGGGACAUGUGAUGUGUUUUUCUGUAACUUUGUGUUAUUGUCUGCCUUGUUCCAGGAAGAAGAUUAAGUUGAAGAAAAGUUAAUUAAAAUAACUAUUUAGAGAGCGAGACUGUUGUUAGCAACAUCAUGUUGUAACUAUGUAUGUAUGUAUAUUUACAGUCCUGUGCUGUUGUUUUUAACAAAGUUUUAUGUAAUCAUGCAUUGUUUUUGAAGACGAGAUGUGAAUAUAUCUUUUGAAAUAUACAUAUGUAAAGCCUUAGAAA